AUGGCUUCUGGAACCGCGCUCACGCCAGCCAUCAUCGCAACAUGGCCAAUACCCAACUAUGUCGACCCAGUCUCGCAAAGGGGCAGUGUCGAAGCUGCAAUAUACGCGACAACCAUCCCAAUGGUGCUCUUCGUCGCUGGCAGAAUCUACGUUCGGGCGAACCAGAAGUCAGGUGUAGGAGCCGAUGACUGGAUUAUGGUUGGCGCAGCGUACAACGUUGCGAGUGUCACAAUGUACAAUGCUUCUAUGACACUCACAAAGCUUUCCGUCUGUAUGACGUACCUGAAGCUUUUCCCCUCGAGAACGAACAAAUUGUUCUGUUGGACGAUGAUUGGGUACCAGCUUCUGUGGGGUGUCAUCUCGUCGGCACUCUACAUUCUGCAAUGCGUGUAG